UCAGUGUCAUUGUCAAAAUCUGCAUGCAUUUCUGCAACGAAAUGAACCAAAAAAAUAUUAAUUAAGAAUAUGUUACAGUAAGAUAACCUUUAAGUUCGAUUUCGUUACUUAAUUUGGUUUUAUAUAUUUUACUACUAAGUAGAAGUAUUUUAGAAUGGGCACCUUACCUAAUUUUGCAGGGUUAACAAACAAAAAUAUAUUCUUAGUGGAAUUUAAAGAACCAUAUGCUGAAAAAACUCUCCGCGAUGAAACUACAACCAACAUUCGCAGCCUCAUAUUCAGCCCAAAAGGCGGCUACCUGGCUUACCGAACUGAUAAAAAAGCUGAAAUAGUAAAAUGUUCAGACUGGUCUGUAGCGGGUUCAAUAGAGGGAAAUAUCAAGGACAUGUUGUUUUCUCCUCUGGACAACUAUUUCAUGGCUUGGGAAAUGUUUCUUAUGAAUAAAGAUAAUCCUCAAGGCAAACCAAACUUGCAUGUUUACAACAUCGCCAAGAAAGCUGUUAUUGCAUCUUUUACACAGAAACUACAAACUGGUUGGGAGCCAAAGUGGUCAUCAGAUGAAAAGUUAUUUGCCAUACAAGCUGGUAAUCGAGUGCUGAUUUAUGAAGAUGGCAACUUCGAACGCUACAGCCACACUAUUAAUGCGGAGAAGCUAAACUGCUUCAGUGUUGCCCCAAGCGCGGCUCCGACUUAUUACUUUUCAAUUUUUACUAUUGGCAAAUCGGGGCAACCUUCGGUUUGGAAGGUGCUGCAGUACCCGAAUUUGGAAUUGGAAAAGGCUGUGGUCAGCAGGACUUGUUUCCAGGCAGACAAAGCAACUUUUUACUGGAAUCGCCGCGGCACCAACAUUUUCACCCUCACACAAACUGACGUGGACAAAACGGGUGGUUCGUACUACGGUAAACAGUCACUGUCAUACGGCGACGUAAAGGGAAAUGCGGGGAACAUGGUCUUUAAUAAGGAGGGUCCGAUCCACGCGAUAGCGUGGAACCCCGGCAACUGGAACGAGUGGCUGGCGGUGUACGGCCACGCGCCGGCCAAGGCCACCCUUUUCAAUGCCAAGUGUGACCCCCUCUUCGAGUUCGGGACGGGAGCCUGGAACACCAUCCAUUAUGCUCCCGACGGAAAUCAUGUUCUGCUGGGUGGGUUCGGUAACAUUGGCACGGGCCACGUGGAAGUGUGGGAUCCGCGCGGCUACAAGCGGCUCGGCAAGUGCGCGGCGCCCGACACCACGAGCCUGCAGUGGGACCCGCGCGGGGAGACCUUCCUCACCGCCACCACCUACCCGAGGCUCACGCAAGGCAACGGGUACAAGAUCUGGCAUUACACCGGAGUGCUGAUGCACCAGCGAGGGUGCGUCGACAAGGAGAACCUGCUGUCCAUCGGUUGGCAGCCGGGCUCGUACCCGAAGAGCGAGCUGUCCCGCGCCGCGCCGCGCGGCCUCACGCCCGCCACGCCCGCGCCCGCCGCCGCGUACAGACCACCCGGCGCGCGCAACAAGCCUUCCACCUUCACGCUGCACGAGCAUGAGAAGCCACAUCGCCCCGGGGAGACCGUUAAUGCGGCCCCAUCGAAGCAGGCUUUAAAACAGAAGCAAAAGCGCGAAGCUCGCAAAGCGCGCACCGCCGAAGAGAAGGCCUCCGGCGAAGCGCCGCCGCCGGCCGAGCCAGGUGCGCCCGCGCGGGCUGCUUUCGUCUCUACCGGCGACCCCGAGAAGGAUAAAAAGAUCAAAAAUAUUAAUAAGAAACUGAGUGACAUCGAGAAGCUGAAGCAGCAGCGAGGUGCGGGCAAGCCUCUCGAAAUCAACCAGAAAGCGAAGAUAGAGACCGAAGCCGCCUUGCUCAAGGAGCUGGCCCAACUCCGGUUAUGAUCGCAGCCGGACCCUCACCCGUGCGACACCUCUCCCCGUUACUGUUGACUACUUCUAUUCUCCGUAUGCUUCCAUAUACCAAGUACAACUAAUCAUACCGUAGUGCUCUUGUGUUAAAUUUUAGGGGCGUCUAUCCCAUGUUAGUGGUUCGUUUAACGAACGACGUCAAUGUCAGUGAUUGGUCUUCAUGCAGUUCGGUUGUUAGACAACCUUAUUUGUCAACUCUAAACAGACGUAGUGUUUACGUCUAGCGCAUAUUUUACUGCAUUUAAAAUUAUACUUCUUCUAUAUCCUUGCAAGCAGGCGCGUGGCUGAUCAAAUCAGCUAUUUUAUCGAAAUAUUAAAUCGUAUCGCCAAUACUUAUAAAGAUGCGUGUCUAUAUCACCACGAAGAGGAGUCAAAAAUGUCUCCUUUACGAAUAACAAAAACUCGAAAGUGUAGAUAAUAUUUUAAAUAUGUAUGGUACCCGGCUGCACUAUCCUUCUUUUUACUUCUGUAAACAUACUUUUACAUUAUUGGACAAUUUUGCACAAAUCGACCUUAGUCCCACGGUAACCUCAAUAAAGCUUGUGUUGUGGGUACUAGACGACGAUAUAUAUAUAAUAAUUAUAAAUAAAUACUUAUAUACAUGGAAAACAUCCAUAACUCCGGAACAAAUAUUUGUGAUAACACACAAAUAAAUAGCCUUACCGGGAUUCGAACCCGGGACCUCCUGCUUCAUAGGCAGGGUCACUAUCGACUAAGCUAGGAGGCCGUUAAGACUUAGACUUAGACUUAAUGUUUUUCUUCUGGAUAUCUGGUUGGGCUUAAUGUACUACUGUUUACUAUUAGGUAUGUGAUUGUUGAUUUCCCUCUUAUUUAUAAAACUUCACAAGCCUCAAUUAGUUGAUUUUUGUUCCACCCCUCUCUCUCUCUCUUACAAAUACAAAAAGUGAAACAGACAAAUUAAGGCAAACGAUUAAUAGCUAAUAGAGGCUUGUAGCGCGUUUAUGAAUAACGCAACUGAGCGUUACUUAUAUUUUUAGCCAUUUUUAUUUAUUGUGACCUUUUUUGCCACUUUUGUGUUAUUUCUACUCAGAAUCACGAGCUCUUUCGAUCCUAAUGGGGUAAAAUGAAAUGAAAUGAAAGCAUUUAUUUCGGAUACAAAUACAUCCAUAUUAUGUUAGUACUAAGUAAUAACUUAUAUUAGGUGUGUUAGUAGAAAGUAUAAUUAUAAUUACAAUUGACGUGCAAGGACAUCCAGUGAGCGAGGAUAGGGCUGUCCAUCCUCUCAGCGAUCACCUUCAGGAGAGUGUUGGCACUGCCCCGCACGCGCUCGCCCAGGGAUGCUACCCGCUUGCGCAGCACGGCUUGGAAACCGUCGGUUCUCCACGCGGCGAACAUUCCUGACGCGCUGCAGCGCCAGGGCAGCCCCAACAACCCCCUGAAGGCGUUAUUGUAUUGGACGCGCAGAACACUGUAGGCUUUUUUGGUGUAGUGACUCCACAGGUUGCACGUGUAUAAGGUUUGACAAUACGUUUUGAACAGGGUUAUUUUCACCUCUGUCGAACAACGCGCAAACCUGCGAGACAGCAUAUUACACCUUACCGACAGUGCUCUGCGCUCCCUUUCUAUAUCAACAUCGUCUUUUAGAGUGUCAGUAACCCAGUGACCCAAGUAUUUAAAUUUAGUUACUGUUUGAAGAGGAGAACCACUGAGCAUUAUUGGCGGAAUAAAAAAAGUCCCAGAGUUUUUUUCCUAUUGUGUUACCAUUUCCCCAUACACUUUGUAUGGCGGUAACAAAAAGGAAAGUUUGAAAAAUGUAUGGAAAUUUUAGGACACUUUUUUUUCUCCUAUAAGAAUAAAAAGGGCUCGCUAUCCUGACUAGAAAUAACACAAAAGUGGCAAAAAAGGUCACAAUAUAUAAAAUGGCAAAAAAUAAAAGAAACGCUCAACUAGUGUCUGCAUUAUAUAUACAUAUAGGGCCUACUUAUUGUCCUUAAUUUCUUUGCAUUUACUUAUUAGAUGUUAGUGUACAUACAAAGUAAUGGAAUUAUAUAAAUAUAUGAUGAAUAUUUACAUUGAAAAGGAAUGAGUAGAUAUUUAUGUAGUUACUUGUAUGUGAUGUGAUGUAAAAUAUUUAAGACCCAAACUAGAACUGUACAUUUUUUGAAAGCUAUAUUAAUAGUUAAUAUAAAUAUGUACCUAUAUUGUUAAAUAGAAAGUUCAUUAUAAAACAAUCAAUUCAGUAGUAGAACUGCAAACAAUGGUUUACACUACUGCAAAAGUGCAUACGCACUUUAUGAUUCGAAUUAAUUAAUAAAGUGGGAAUGCACUUUAGCAUCUCGCUACACAUUCGCGUGUUACAAUGAAUAUUGUGGUAUGCUGCGAAUCGCUCGUCGUUAACCUUUUGAACGCCAAUGACCGAUAUAUCCGCACCGCAGGUUCAACGCCAAAGACCAAUUAAUCGGUCACAGACCACAGAGCAACAUAGACCUACGUGCAAAUGCAUAAAGUUCAAUUUCAGUUUUGACACUUCGGUGACGUGGCGUCCGAGUGAUAUCUUUUAUAUUUGACACGGCGUCGAAAAUGUUAACAAUUCAAAGUAGCAGUACAGUAGAAGUAUGUAACUUAGUUUACAUAGGUAUAUACCUACAUAUGUACUUAGUUUUUACAAUGCGAUAUUACAAGUCCCAAGGAACAUCGGCCUACAAGAUUAACACAUGUGCGUUGCUACACAACAGCUGUUUUCUUUUUCUGUGGUGUAUUACCGGUUCUGGCAUGGACAGGAUCCAGAAGAGAACAUCAAAGUAUGGGUGACUAAGGAUAUUGUAUAACAUAUAAAAUGUUUUACGUUUUCCACUAUUAUUUGCAUCACCUAUUGAAGUGCAAUACGUGCCUUACGAAGUUAUUUAAAAAAUAUAUUUUGUCUAUCAAAUUACGAAAAUAACAUUUGGCGACAUAGUAUCUUGAUAUCUUCUGUGAUAAUGAUAAAGCAGUUUAUUAGGUUGAAACUAAUUACACUUUCUGACCUAACUUGUGAGUGAUCAAUACUGUCACGUUUUUGGGAAUUAAGUACGAAGUAAUCUGUUAUAUUUUAUAUAUUACUCUUUCGAAAAUCGUCCUUAGGUAUACAUGAAUCCCAACUCAUAUGUACUCCCCCUGUGACGAGAUCGAUCAAGAAAUUUCUGCAAUUUCCACUUUACCUACUGUUUUUUUAGUGUUGUAAGGAUAUUUUUUGUUUUCAUUUAUUAUGUUACAGAGGGGUGGUUCAACUUUUUUUUGUUAUUAUUCUGCCGUCUGCCAAUAGUAGCAUAACUUGUUAGAAGAAAUGUUAUACUAUAUGCUACUAAUAUGCUAAGUAGAUGACCCAUUAAUCCUAUUAUUGAAAGUGCUAAUAACUGCCAUAAAAAUGUAUGUUUGGUUAUUUUAAAUACCAUAAAUAACACCAGGGUUUUAAAAGUGACCCAGGCGUCCGUAACCAUUGGCAACGAGUAUUAACAAGAAAACGUCGAUUCACCCUGUUUGUUACGGAACCUGUACGGAAGAAAAUACAUUGUGUUAGUUAUUACAGUAACACAGUGUAUUUUCUUCAAUUCAAGCUUCGGUACCAUUCGUAUGCAAAUAAGUAUAAUCUUGUUAGAAUCUUGUCAUUGCGCCCAAAAACAAGAUAAGUAGUUACUGGUGCUGUGGAAAUAAUGAUGCAAUGUUUCACGUCAUCCAUAGUUCUGGCAAAGUCGAAUAUCCUUCUGGCCUUCCUCCUUAUAUUUAAUCAAACUUUGGGCAUGCUCAAAUAUUAUUACUUCGUCCUGGGAUUGUUUAACUACGUACUAUAAGUAAACCAGUAUAUUUCAGUAUAUUAUUGCCUACCAGUUUUUAUUGUUAUGCAUAAUAAUUCUACGAGUAGACACGAAUGGUUUCCGAGCUAGAUUACAUACGACGUUGUACAGUCGAGGACUUUAAUUAUGGAGCUAUUUAAGGUUUACUUUGCAUAGGACAUUUAAUAGUAGGUAUAAGUAUUGAAUAACAAAAAUAUCUCAAAUCUGAAUUGAAGCCCGUGACCGUGCCUCAGUCACUAUCGCAGCCCUCUACUUUAUUAAACUGUUGUGUAUUUAAUUACCAAUGUAGGUAAUCAAGUUUUAAACGAGUUAUUUAAUAAAUGUUUUUACUUCUAA